AUGGGGGGCUGGGACCUGUCCCGGCACCGGGACCAAGACACUGGGGGACCCAGGAGGGGUGCUGCCUCCGCUGGCCGUAGAGACGUCUCCAUGAGGCUGCCCCCAGCACCCCGCCAAGAAUCCGAAGGACGGCCCUUCCUCUCGGUCUCCACCCGCCGAAGCCGGUUGGCGUCCCACGAGAAGGGCAUUCGCGACCGGGCCGUGAAGAAGCUGCGCCAGUACAUCAGCGUGAAGACGCAGAGGGAGACAGGAGGUUUCAGCCAAGAAGAACUUCUAAAAAUAUGGAAAGGGCUCUUCUAUUGCAUGUGGGUGCAGGAUGAACCCCUUCUACAGGAGGAGCUCGCGCGCACCAUCUCCCAGCUCAUCCAUGUCGUCAACACCCCGGAGGCCCAGCACCUGUUCGUUCAGACCUUCUGGCAGACCAUGAACCGCGAGUGGACGGGCAUUGACCAGCUGCGCCUGGACAAGUACUGCAUGCUGAUCCGUCUGGUCCUGAGGCAGUGCUUUGAAGUUCUGAAGCGGGACGGCUGGGAAGAAAGCCGCAUCACGCGCUUCCUCGACGUGUUGAUGAAGGAGGUCCUGCACCCUGAGAGUCGGUCUCCCGAUGGGGUCAAGUUCCACUGCAUCGACGUUUAUCUGGAUGAACUGUCCAAAGUGGGCGGGAAAGAGCUUCUGGCAGACCAGAAUCUCAAGUUUAUCGAUCCAUUCUGCAAAAUUGUUGCCAAGACUAAAGACCACACCCUGGUGCAGACCAUAGCGAAGGCCGUUUUCGAAGUCAUCGUAGAUCAGUCUCCCUUCGUACCUGAAGAGACAGUGGAGGAACAGGAAGCUCUGGUGGCGGACAGCAACCUUUUUGAAGAAGGGACAUCUGAAAGGGAAGUGACAUGGAAAACACCAUUCAGUAAAAAGAAGACAGCACUGGGCAAAUGUCACUCCAAAAAAGACGGAAUCGGUGAUGAGGGCGAGAGAGACGGCGGCGGAAGCUUGGAAGAUGCUGGGCCGCUUCUCCAGUUUGACUAUAAGGCCGUUGCUGACCGACUCCUGGAGAUAACCAACAGAAGAAACAUCCCUCCCUUCAACAAGAAACGUCUCUCCAAACUAAUCAAAAAAUUCCAAGAUCUGUCUGAAGGCAGUAUACCUCAACUCAGAUUUGCUGAGGACAUUUCCACUGAUGAAGACUGCCAGACCCUCAGUCAAGGAAGGCAUAAGAAGAAAGGAAAUAAACUUCUAGAGAAAACCAACGUGGAGAGACAGAAAGGAAACAAGGUGUCUCCUGCUGAGGAAGCAGAACGCGAGGGCCGCGUUCAGAAGAGGAGAAGGAGAAAGAAGAAGAGCCCCCUCCCGCCUGAGCGCUUCGGGUCAGGGGUCAGAGCCGUGCCGCCAGAACAGAACGGGGGCAGCGAGCCAGACGCAGGUUCGGGAAGGGCCCAGAAGCCGGGUGCGGUGGUGCUGGGGGCGGCCGCGCCCUGCCCCCAGGAGCUGAGCCGCUGGGGGCACCCCCCCACGCACAGUAGGAGGAAACGGCCCCGGAAGAGGAGCCCAAGGGGCCAGGGAGAGAGUGCGGAGUCAGCAGCGUCACCUCUGGAGGACUCGUCCCAAGGCGGCCCCGACAGUGGUCACACUCAGGCGCCUGCCCCCCAAGCUCCUCCGGCCGGUGGAGCCCCAGCCCUGAAGCGGAAGCGGAAACUUGGGGCUCCCCUGGUCAAUGGCGGCGGCCCACCCACACCAGCCUGGCCCCCGCCCCAGCAGGAGGGCCCUCCAGCGAGCCCAGCAGACGGCGAGGCCUGCCCGAACCCCCUGCCCCAGAGCGGGAGACUGAAGAAGAAGAAGGCGGGGGCCGGCAGCCUUGAGCUGCACGACCCGUCCACUCAGAAAGCUGCCAUCUUCAAGAAGAGAAAGAAAAUGAAAGAAAUGCUCAACUUGAACUUGGUAGAACGGAGCCGAGUGUUAGAAUCCGAACUCACACUCGUCCAGGCUCUGGGGAGCCCCGGGGCGCUCAGCCCUUUGAAGAAGAAGCUGAGGGCGGAGGACGACUUCGUGAAGUUCGACACCCCCUUCUUACCAAAGCCUGUCUUCUUCAGAAAAGCCAAGAGCAGCGCCGCCACCCCGGCCGGGAGCCCCGCCGCACAGGUGCGCACGCGCGUUCCUGCCGGGCGAGCCCCAUCUGCGGCGCAGGCUGGCUGUGCGGGGGGCCGGGAGUGCCCCAAGGGAUCUCUCGGGGGGCUUCAGGUCAGCAAAACGCCGCCCAGCUCCAAGAAGGUCACCUUCGGGUUAAGCAGAAACAUGACUGCAGAAUUCAAAAAGACGGACAAGAGCAUCCUGGUCAGUCCCACAGGCCCCUCCCGAGUGGCCUUCAACCCUGAGCAGAAGCCCCUCCACGGAGUGCUGAAGACCCCCACGAGCUCCCCCAUCAGCACGCUCCUGGGGACCAAGAAGCCACUGACCACCGCACCAAGGAGAAGGCCGACGGCCAUGGACUUCUUCUAGGCCGCACAGAGUCCCCGUGUGAGGCUGACGCACUGCCCACUGCGCCAAGAGGGCCGCUAGAGUCGCUUUUUAAAGACUGCUUUUGUACAGAAUGUUCUAUAAAUUAUAACUUUUAACAGGUGGGGCCUUUUUACGGUUUUAUAAAUCCUCAGAUGGCACCUCCGAGGGUCCGUGUGAGCCGCAGCGCCGCCACCGCUCGCGCCCCCCAGCAGGGGCGGCAGACACCACGGUGCAGGCCUUUGCUCCACACAUCGUCGGUGCCUGAGCUCUCCGGGAGUCCACGCUGGCACACUGGCCACAAGUCGCAGUCCGUGCCGUCGUGGGGCGGGGGCCUGCAGUUGGGCUCCGUCAGCCGCCCGCGUCCAGGCCCUCGGUCCCGCGCGCGCCGUGCCAGGCUGGUCUCUGGUGCGCUGUUGUCUGAUGGUCUUUGUUCUUUAGAGCAGGCAGGGCUUCGCCCCACAUGUGGUGGCUACUGGGCACUUCACGAUCAGGGGACACUUGCCAGCAAACCAGCAGUGCCAUCCUCUCUACAAGUGCUCAGCUCGGGUGAGCAGAGCCCGGGGCCGUGUCCUUCCCUGUGUUCCUACCUCUCAGCUGCUGGCACGGGCAGCAGCACCCUGGUUCUCACAGGACCGCAGCCCGCCGACUCCUCCACCUACGUCAUCGUGCUGUGGCUGCUCUUUAUAUGUGUUUGAGCCAGGGGUCUAAAUAAACGACCCGCGUCUGCCAAAGCAGCCCUCCCGUCUUAGAUUAGCUGCCCGUCCCUGGACAUGUGGCCGCGGCAGCUGGAGACCUGCUUGAAGGCAGCAGGCAGCAGGCAGCAGGCAGCGGCCUCUAAGAAUGUUUGGGCCUAUUUAUUUGUUCAUAGUUACCUAAUGUCUGAAACACCGAAGCUUGCACUUACAGAUUUUAUAAAGUUCUAAUUCUAGUUUAAAAAUCGGGGGUGGAAGGCACACAGACUUCAGUUAGAGAAACAAGUGCAAGUUUGUGCAGUGCCACCUCAUCUGACCACGGACCUCAUCUGGGGAGCCACAUCUGCCCCCCGAGCCUCGGUGAGGGAUGAGACACAGCUCAGGAAGGGCACCGGGCCAGCUUGCUCUUGAGUUCACAGUAUGACAGACUGCAGACCUAAAGGAGGGGCGUGCCUUUUGCCUCAGGGGUGCCCCCUGCUCCCCCACCCCCUCUUUGCUCAGGGAUUGCGGGCCUCCUGGGAGUGAAAGCCCCCCGACUGUGCAGGAGCCCCAGAUUCUCACCAAAACUAGGGCCAGGCCCCGUUCUGCUCCCCAGCUGCCUUGGCGGGCGGACUCUGGCUUCGCGAAAGGGAGGUCCCCUGGGACUGCAGGGCCGGGUGGGGCUGACUGGUUCCCUUAAUCACCCGGCAGGGUGGGGGUCAGGUGGGCCCAACCUCUGGGGAAGGCCCUGGUGACGGGGAAGAGGAGCCUCUUCCUUCCCACUCCGUAACAGUUUUAUCACAAGCCAUGGGGCAAAAGAACAUGCCGUUAGCUGGUCCUCAUAAUGACAAGUCACGAGCGAGACAGCUUUGUCGUGCCAUGGUUUCAGUGUGCUCGAGUUUGUGUCACACUUAAAAAUCAUUCAAAACCAAAAUGAUCGUAUGAGUGGUCAAAUAUGUUUUUAAACUUUUGUUUAAAAAAAGUUUUAUUAUCCUUGGUCAAAAUACUUUUCUAAUAACUUUUAUUUCAGCUUUAAAGAUGGGUCUUAUAGUCAAACAGGCCAUGUAAGCCAAUGACGUUAAGAUAGCGAGAUGGUCUAGGGCAAAAUGGCACAUCUGUCCUGCAGGCGCGUGCAGGGGCUCGUCUCGGGCGCACAGGUGUGUCUGCCGUCUCUCCUGAGGCACUGGGGGAUGGCCUGUAAAUGCGCCUCCUGCCUGUGGACUUGGGUCCAGAAGUGACUGAGUCUGGGAUUCCGUCUGUCCGUCGGAAUCUGCCCUGACCUCCUCAGUUUCAGGGAUAACUUCAGUAGCUUUACUGUGGCUUAUUUUUAAUGCCUAAAUUUUGGCUACAAAAGAGGAAAAACGAUUUUUUAAAAAUUCGCAUUACAUAUGUAUACACACAAGAAUAUGUCACAUAAAUGUAUUUAGAAUACCAGUUUUCUACGUGGUGCAUGUUAUUUUCUUAAGUAAAAUUGCCAAGGGGACUUGGCAGUCCAGAAAAGGAAGUAAUGCAAAGCUGACGAUCUUAGAGUAUUUUUUAGGAUUUGGUAUCACACUUUACAACAUAUCGCCCUCUCUAACUUUCACUAAAUUGAAAGCACAAAGGAGAAUGUGAAGCCGCCGUCAGUGCUGAAAGAAAGUGAAACUGAGCCCCUCCUUUGGUUUUUGUGUUUUCUCGGGGUUCGCCUGACUGCCAGCAAGGGCUGUCUGUCUACAGCCCGCCAGUUUGCGUUAGUGUCCGCAGGGUUUGUCAGCACUCGUCAAAGCCAAGUUCAAUAAAAGAACCCUCUUUGCCCUGA